AUGCAUUUGAUUUCUCAAUUCUCUUGCUGGUCAUUCUUAGUGCAAUUCGACUUUGCCUCAAAACUGAGAUUUUCUUACUCGUCCAUCCCUCGCAGACAUGUUUUUAAAUAUCUACUGGCGCAAUCCUUCCUCUCCCACUGCCAUCAUCUAUCUUGCUUCAUCAUCACCGUCACUGCCUCGGUCACAAUUCCCACUCUUUCUCAAGCGACCCUAUCAAACCGUUCGUUAUGUUCUUGUUUGUUGAAUUACAAACAACCUGUUCUCUCUCUUUUGAUUUCAUGUUUCUUUCUUUCUUUCUCCCUUUUUUCUUCCUUUAACUCUUUCUUUCUUUCUUUUCUCUUAACUCUUUCUUUCUUUCCCUUCCUCACUCUUUCUUUCUUUCUUUCUUUUUCUUUCUUUCUUUUUUCUUUUUUCUUUCUUUCUUUGUUUCUUUUCUUUCUUAACCUUUUUCUUUUCCUUCCUUCUUUUUUCUUUCUUUCUUUCUUUCUUUCUUUCUUUCUUUCUUUCUUUCUUUCUUUCUUUCUUUCUUUCUUUCUUUCUUUCUUAACUCUUUCUUUCUUUUCCUUCCUUACUUUUUCUUUCUUUCUUUCUCUCUCUCUUUCUUUCUUUCUUUCUUUCUUUCUUUCUUUCUUUCUUUCUUUCUUUCUCAUUUUACUCCCCACUCCAAUUCUUUUAUUCCUUUAA